AUGGAUAAGAUUAAAAAAGAAAGUGUGAGCGAGAGUUUUUGUGAAGGUGUAAUUGAUUUAACAAUCGAUUCUUCCUCAGAAUCUGAAUUUCCAGUUAUUGAAUUAGACGAUUUGGGAGUUGACAUUCUGAAUGAGGAUUUAAAUUUAUCAAUUAAAAAUGAUGAGCAUGAAAUUUUUUCUGAAGCACCUGUUAUCAACUAUUUUACUGAAGAACUUACUGUUGAAGAUCUAUGUUUCUCUGCUGUUCCUAUUGAAUACUCCUAUUGA